AAAGUAUAGGGCCUUCCGGCUUUAAGGAAUCUCCGACUCGCCUGACCUUUCAUAUCUCAAGAAACUUACCAAAUUGUGUAUCCCCCACAGGCCGAAUAUAUUUUGUACCUCACGAGUCACUCGCUCAAAUGGCUUCCUUCCAAAGCUGCUUCUUCUUCUUCAUCUUCAUCUGGAUCUUCCUUCCACAGAUAGCAUCAAGCACCACCAUCUGCAAAACUUCAUCUUGCGGAGGCAGCCAAAGCCCGCCGGUUAGGUUCCCUUUCCGACUGAAAGGCUAUCAACCAAAAUCCUGCGGCUAUCCGGGAUUCGAUCUCUCGUGUAACAACCAAAGCCAAACGAUUCUCACUCUCCCUUACUCUGGAGACUUCGUCGUCGAAGGCAUCGAUUACCUGGGGCAGUCCAUAUACAUCAGCGACCCCAAUCACUGCUUUCCCAAACGGUUCCUGGACAACUUUAAUCUCUCCAACUCUCCUUUCCAGUUCGAGGCUCCUGGGAACUUCACCUUCUUCAACUGCUCGUCCAACGCGACGAUGAUGUAUCUGUACUGGCCGAUUUAUUGCCUCAGUGGGGAUGAUUACAAGGUCUUGGUUACAUCGACUUUUUACACUGAUAUCUUACCGCCACCGGCGUCGUGUAGGAUGAUAUCGACGGCUCUACUUCCUUUUUUACAAUCACAACCAGUCCAGUUGAUCUGGGAUGUGCCCAAUUGUCAAGGAUGUGCAGGGAGCGGCGGAGAUUGUGCUCGCGAGAAUGAUUCGAGUCUGGAAGUUGGAUGCUUCAAUAUUCCAAGCAAUCAUAACAAUGGUGGUCUUCCGAGGAGCGUGAAGUACGGCGUGGCGAUAGGCGUAGGAAUACCCGGAAUAGUGUGCAUCAUUGGGCUUACAUGCUACCUAUGCGGUCUCGUUCGGGUGUAUAGCCGCAGACGCCAUCCAAACACAGAACUCUCCUCCAUCUCAAUUACUCCUCAACGCACCAUGUUUGCAACGGGUCUUGACGGACCCACCAUAGAAUCAUACCCGAAGACUUUGCUCGGGGAGAGUAGACGUUUACCUAAGCCUAAUGACAAUACUUGCCCCAUAUGCCUCUCCGAGUACCAGCCCAAGGAGGAACUUAGAACUAUUCCCGACUGCAAUCACUAUUUCCAUGCUAAUUGCGUAGAUGAGUGGCUGAAAAUGAAUGCCACCUGCCCACUUUGCCGGAAUUCACCCGACGGUUCCGUUUUGGUUACCCCUUCGGCAUCAUCCUCAUCGUCAUCAUUGUCGACUGUAUCAAUAAUAUAAGCUUUUGCUUAAUCCACUGUAUAGAAUUUGUUUCAAUUAAGUCGUUGGAUUGUUUGUUUUGUGUGAUAA